CCAAUGAAAGGGCCUUUCUUGCUUCCUGUGAUUUGACAUGAAAUCUUGCCAUGUCGAAAGGGGCUACUAACCUGAUACUUGCAAUAACCUAUACAGCUUUGCCCACUCAACUGCAACAUAAGGACAGCUUAACAUUCAUUUUGGCAAAUGCCAAAUCUCUCUCAUCCGAUCCCAUCCCAUCACACAUAUGGAGGUCACUGAAGAUACAAAAGUUGCUCCCCAUCGAGAUCGGCCCAAAGAAGGCGGUGCGGAAACAGAAGAUGGGGUAGUCGAGGAUAAGACCGUUCCACAUCUUGAAGAUGAGCACUCACUGGAGGACUUGAAAGGCAGAGAUCUUCAAAUCAAAACAGGGAAGGAGACUAUAAAGGAGGAGUACAAGGCACUGGAUGCUCGUAAUGCCGGAGAAAGCCAAAAAGAUCCAGUGAAGAAACCAAAAGAAGCUGCAAAACAAAAGGCAAAAGUCACUGUUCCUCAACCAUUCUCUUUGGCCACUGAGAGGAGAAUGUCGCGAGAAAGACGAGCAUCAGGUGAUUUUUCAUCUUCUACGGAGAAAAAGGCACGAAGAGAAAGACGAGGCUCAGCUGAUUUUACCAACCUGCAGCCAAAACUAUCCAAAUCAAAUAGUCUAAACAAGCCCCACUUCCCUUCAGGCGCCAGAGAAACACACAAGCCGGGGCAUGAAAACUCAGCUACUGCCACCAUUAAAAGAACCCUCACGUCCAAAGCUGCGGGCCGCCGAGAGGGUGACAACAAAGAAGAGGUUGGAGUUAAGAACCAGAGCAAAGUGAAGGGGAUCAAGGAGGCAAAGAGCAACUCACAAGUGCCUAUGAAGAAAGGAGAAACGGCAGAGACUCGCAAACUCGGAAAUAGCUCGACAUUCAAAGCAUUGCCCCUACCAAGUUUCUACCACAAGAAUGAUCCCACAGCAAAAUCAAGUACAAAAAAGGUUUCAUCGACCAGCCCCAAGUCUCCUCUGCCUUGCCAGAGGAGCAAGCAUCCGAACUCGGACUCCGAUGCCCAGAAGAAGACCAUAAGCAACAGCGCCAAACAGACCAUAAACAAGCUGCUGAAGAGCGCCGGCAAGGCUCUGAAUCCUUCCAAGGAGAGGUAAAGAGUGUCGUAGUGACCAGAUGAGCGGAUUCCUGCAUUUUUAUUCUCCUUUAUGUUUAUGUCCCUUGGAUUCGGGUUUCAUCGAUCAGGCGUACGAAAUGGAUUUGUAUCGUGUCAUUCUCUCUCGCGUGAGUCACGGAAACUGAUGAUGAAUCCUUGCUAUUCCGGUAAGAGA